AUGUCAAGCUACGCUGAUGGGCCAGAAUCUACCGAUUCGGAAUUCGAUGAUGUGUUUGAUGCGUACUUUGAUCAAUAUUCUACAAGGAAUUCGGAACUGCAGAAAAAAUUUGAUGAACUGGAAACGAAACUGGGACGUCAAAUGCUUGAAAACAGGAAGCUGAGAGUGGCUUUGGAGGUGCAGCAGAACUGCUCCAACCGGCUGCAGGAGCAGCUCCGAGUUCAGCAGAGGCAACACGAAAAUGCCAAAACACGCUAUGAGGAGGUGCUGGCACGGUACGAUAGGAGAGUGGAUGCGCAGGAAGCAUCUAUUGCAAAAAAAGAUGAUCGUGGCUAUAAUGAGCAGCUACAUAAUGUAGUUCUUCAUGAUAUGGAGGAGGAGGUCAUGAUGGCGAGCCUCUCUAGGAGAAGCGUUACCAGCUCCUACAUAGAUGUGCAAGGAGAUGGACGAGCUACUCUUACUUUGCUAUUAUGUGAUGAUACGCAUAUAAGCGGUGUUAUGAGGACAUCGGAUGGUAGGCCAUACAGUUUCAUUCGAGACUGCGAAGACAAUGUAUGGAAGGGCGAUCAUGAGGGCCUUUGCAUGGGGUUUGGUCAUUUAACGAUGACCAAUAAUUGCGGAAGGAUUCCAUUGCUGGCUCGGUUCUCGGCCAUGCUGGAAAGGAGUCUAGAUAGGACUCGAAGUAUUCGUUUCAUCAACUUUGAUGAAACGGAAAGGAUUACGACAAUAAUGCAAGAAGGUCGGAGGGUAGUCAUGCGAACUUAG